ACACCCAACAGCCCUUCCCCUCCGGAAUUUCCUUUGAUUAGAAGAAUGGUUUCUUAUAAAUACCUUUCUUGAAGCCACCCAAAUUCAUUUGCCCCCGUUGCCUCACGCAACAGCAACUCAGGAUAUCGAAUAUGUCCUCGAUGAGCUUGAUAAAGAUAACAUGGUCUGCUAUGACCUUCUUGGCUCCCCUCCAUAUCUUAUUCUAUUCUGUGCUGCUCGGUACGGAGCUGUACCUUUCGUUCGUCAUGUUAAAGGUGUGCCACCAAUCAUUACCGAGAGCCGCUUUCACGACGCUUCUAGAGCGCAUCUUUCCGAUAUACUUUCGCGAUCAGGUCUUGCUCAUUUUGUUGACGGCAGUGACCAUUCCCCCGUAUGGUCUAUUGACCUUGCUAGAAAGCAAGGCAAACUGGAUCCCAUUCUUCAUAGCAGGCGUCACUGCGCUUUUAAACAUGGUAGUCUAUGGACCGCGGACGCGCCGGAUGAUGAUUGAUCGGAUUCGCCAAGAAACAAGAGACGAGGAGAAAUCGAAUAACCCGAUCGAGCCAGAUGGUGAUAUGAAGGCUCUGACAAGGUCCUUCUCUCAUAAUCACGCGAUGAGCAUCCAUCUAAACCUGGUUUCAAUAGGGGCUAUGGUUUGGUGGGCUUGGAAGCUCGCCUCGCGACUGGAAUGCUAGUCGUGGUAUGGAUAAGACCUAAGGACAGAACUUCAGAUACAUCUAAUCUGCUUUUUGUAGUAGGAAGAAUGCGGUAAGGGGCCGGAGCUGGUUAAGUGCGACCCUUUCGAGGAUGAGAUUAGUGAAGCUGGGUCGAGGGACUUCGAAUCGGAUGGGAUUGGGGACUGCUUAAGUGCGUUUAGGGAGGAGGAUUCGAGAGAGACAAAUAUGAUGUUUACCUAGCUUUUUACCUACUCACACGACUAGCUACCAAUUCUUGUCGACGCCUUUACUUCGCACCAACAGCGCGCUAGAUAAAGAGUGUUGAAAACUCAUAGGAAUAGACUGCACCUUGGUUAUUAUAAUAAAAGGA